AUGCCCUUUUCUCGUUUUCUUUUCUUUUCGGCCAAACAACGCUCAAUAGAGGCUUUCAAUCUACUUCGGAGGUCUGGCCUCCCUAAGAGAAUUCAUUCUCGUAGUUAUGCAAAUUCAUCGAAAAGUGCUAAUGGGAAGACAGGUAUUAGAUCCCCGAUGACAGUAGAAACACCACCAGCUUCUCGCUCUAGGGCUUCCUAUGUUAUUCCGGCUGCUGGUGUACUAUUCUUUUCUGGGUUGGCAACUUUCAUUCAUUAUAAUGAUGAGAGGAGAGUAACUUUAAAAGGUCAGGGUAACUGCCCAUGCGUAAACAAUGUCAGGGGCCCUAUAAUUGGUGGUCCCUUCACUUUAGUGGACACGGAGAACCACACUGUCACUGAACGAAAUCUUUUAGGAAACUGGGUUCUUCUCUAUUUUGGAUAUACUUCUUCUCCUGAUGUUGGACCAGAACAACUCCAGAUGAUGGCCAAGGCCAUAAACAUAUUAGAAUCGAGACAUAACCUUAAGAUUCUACCAGUAUUUGUUACACUUGAUCCACAACGUGAUACCCCUUCUCAUCUCCGUGCCUACCUUAAAGAGUUUGAAUCAAGGAUUGUAGGGUUAACAGGACCUGUAUCAGCUAUAAGGCAGAUGGCUCAGGAAUACCGUGCUUAUUUUAAGAAGGUUGAAGAAGAGGGUGAUGACUAUCUUGUUGAGUGUUCCCAUAACAUGUAUUUGAUGAACCCAAACAUGGAAGUUGUGAGAUGCUUUGGUGUAGAGUACAAUGCAGAUGAACUGUCAGAAGCAAUCGUAAAAGAAGUGAAAAGAACCUCAACUGACAAGAGCUAG